CUCAGUUGUUGCUUGAGUUUCGUGCUGAGCAGUUGGAUUGUAGUUUCCCUCUUUCGGUAAGACAACAAGCGCGCGCGUGUGAACCGACAAAGGCAGCCAGCCAAUCGGGUGAAAUCUACGACGACACCAACAACAACAACACGGGAACGGUCACGGGGACGGGCGCAGACACAAGCGGCGGGUACGUGUCUCUUCUUUAAUCAGUGUUCGUCGCUUCGAUAGUUUAGCGCAUGCCAAAAGUGUUUUGAAAAGCAGUGAGAAAAUUGUAAAAUAAAUAAUGUAAAAAUCAAACAAAGCGAAAUGUAAAUAAAUGAGGCCAAUCCACAAAAGAGAGUGGCGAAUUAUGGCACAUGGUUUAUAAAUAGAAAAGCGGCCACAAAAGAAAGAAAAAGUGGCAAAACCAAAAUCAAAAUACAACAGAAAAAUCAAAAACCAAAGCCAACACAACAAUCAACUCAAAUCAAUAGUUUCUUUAGUUUCUCUCGCUUCUGUGUUAAUUGAGCAAAGUUCUCUAAAUUCAUCACAGGUCAAGUGGGGCUACCUCUGUGAAUACCUGGCUGGGCCGGCGAAGCAGCAGACACUGUGAAUUGAGCAGCGGCUAGUGUGAGUCUGAGUCUGAGUCUGCAGAGAGAGCACAGCCAGCAGCUGAGGCUGCAGACGAGGCAAGUUAUGACACCGACACAGCAGAUGGUCAACCGGCAAAUCUGCUGGCUCAUUGCGGCACUUGCGAUUGCAGCAGGUCUUACAGUUAUCGAAGGUCUGCCCUUUCUCUACACAAAUGCGCGGGCGCCGAUCAACUGGACAGAGCCAGAGCUGGACGACUGGCGUAUUGAGGUGCAACCUCGAAGCAUAAUCCCGCAUGUGGAGCUCAAGUAUCAUGCUAACCGAACCAACAGCGAACCCUCCGACAGCGAUGCCGAGUUCCUCGAGAGGCUGCGCGCUCUCAAGAGGAAUCGCACCUCGGCACGAAUGUUGUGGUACGAUGCCACGGCUGGAGAUGGACUGACUUAUCCACCGUUUGUGGAUAAGGCACUGAAGCUGUUUAACCUCAAGCAGGUGGCAUUCGAAAUCGAGAACAGCGUCAUGUCGAAGGUGUCCUGCACGGCAUGCAAGGCAGGGGCUGGACUGCUGCAACACUACAUCAAAUCCGGCAAAACGGAAGCGGAGCUCAUGAAGAUGAUCGCUCAAUACUGCACUAAUCUGAGCAUACAGAGUCCUCGAGUAUGCGAGGGCGUGGCCCAACUCUUUGGCAGCGAGGUCAUCUAUGUACUGCAGCGUGUCAAUCUCGGUCCCGAUGAGCUCUGCAGCUUUAUUAUUGGCGAUGGCUGCGGCGAUGUCUACAAUCCCUACCAUGAGUGGGAGGUUAUAUUCCCCCCAGUACCGAAGCCUCCCCGCCUAUCUGAACUGCCCAUACCCAUGGAAGCGGCUCCGUUCUUCAAGGUCCUACACAUCUCCGACACCCACUACGAUCCGCACUACGUCGAGGGUGCGAAUGCGGAUUGUAAUGAGCCGCUUUGCUGCCGCCUGAGCAGUGGUCGAGCUGCGAAUCCCAAUGCUGCGGCUGGCAAGUGGGGAGACUACAGGAAGUGCGAUACACCCAAGCGAACGGUGGACAAUAUGCUGGCUCACAUCGCUGAGACGCACAAGGACAUUGAUUACAUUCUGUGGACGGGGGAUCUGCCACCUCACGAUGUUUGGAAUCAGACGAAGCAGGAAAAUCUGGAGAUCAUUAAGGAGACGGUUAAGCAGAUGACUGAGAAAUUCCCUGGCAUUCCCAUUUUUCCGGCCCUGGGCAAUCACGAGAGUGCUCCGGUGAAUAGUUUCCCUCCACCCUAUGUUAACCAGGUUGACAUAUCGAUCAACUGGCUGUACGAUGAGCUCGAUGUCCAGUGGCGUCGUUGGCUGCCUCAAAGUGUUUCCCAUACGGUGCGACGAGGUGCCUUCUAUUCGGUGCUGGUACGUCCUGGAUUCCGCAUCAUUUCGCUCAACAUGAACUACUGCAACAACAAGAACUGGUGGCUGCUCCUCAACUCCACGGAUCCGGCAACGGAGCUGCAAUGGUUCAUCUAUGAGCUGCAGAGUGCCGAGUUCUCCAAUGAGAAAGUUCACGUUAUAGGCCACAUACCUCCCGGACACUCGGACUGCUUGAAAGUCUGGUCACGUAACUUCUACAAGAUCAUCUCACGCUAUGAGAGCACAAUCACGGCACAGUUUUAUGGCCACACGCACUUUGAUGAGUUUGAAAUGUUCUACGAUCCUCAUGAUCUGACUCAUCCCAACAGCAUCGCCUACAUCGGACCCUCUGUAUCGCCGUACUAUGAUUUGAAUCCCGGAUAUCGCAUCUACUACGUGGACGGUGAUCAUGAUAUGACGACUCGCCUAGUUAUUGAUCAUGAAUCAUGGAUCAUGAAUCUGAAGGAAGCAAAUCUGUACGGUUACCCGAUCUGGUAUAAACUUUACACCGCAAGGGCUGCUUACAACAUGAAGGCUCUGAGACCCAGUGAUUGGGACAAGCUUCUCAAUGAAUUGACGGACAAUCAGGAACUAUUUGAGAUGUACUACAAAAACUACUGGAAGAACUCACCGGCUCGACCCACCUGCGAUGCUGAGUGCAAAAAGCGAAUGCUAUGCGAUUGCAAGAGCGGAAGAUCACAUGAUCGUCGGCAUUUCUGCGCCGAUGUCGAGUCCAAGAUCGAUGAAGGUUCCUCGAAGUCAUGGAAGUCCUGGUUCUAUCGCGGCCUAACCAAUUCCGUUGAAGAGACUACACCACAACCGGAAAUUGAGAACAGUAAUUGGGAGCCAUUGGAUGUGGUCUUUGGCACAUUUGGUUAAGGUUGCACACAAACACUAUGUAAAUAUUUUGAUAUAAGUAUAUUUUAUAGCCUAACUUGGUUGAAGGUUGCUUACUUAUAUAUUAAGCUUUAAUGUUUUUGACACAUUUAAUAUAAAACUGACAAUAAAUGACCAUAUAUUGUA